AUGCAGGUGAUCCAGAGCCAUGCCAGCCGCACAGGCUCUGGCAACAACGCAAAGACCACCCUUGCAGCGGCAGCCACGACUGUGAGCGUGCGCAUUGGCGUGCAGCGCGACGUGGGGUACGGCAGAUCGUUUGUCAGCAUCUCCGGCUCCAAUGUGGAAUGGGAGUCGGGGUCCAACCACGUCGUCCCUGCCCCCGAGGCCGACGCUGCCGUGUCCUUGAACUGGGGAGCAGCCGAGGCUGUCGUGAAGAAGGCAGAGGCCGGUAGCCCCUUCGCCAGCAGCCCCGGUCCUGAUCCAGGCACCCAGGGCCCCGCCAGCGACGAUUCGCCGGUUCGUGCUCGCUGGAGUGGAAAGGAGCCGGUCUUCAUGCAGGGGAACGAGCACAGCCGGGAGCGGCAGGGCCGGUGGGAGACGGAGGGCCUGGAGGGGGCGACGCUGGAGAUCGUGAAUGGCGAUCGGGACGCGGGCAGCUGGCUGCAGAAGCUGGCAGUCGCAGAGAAGCUGCUGGUCCAAUCUGCGCCGCGCCUGAGGCCGAGGCUGGACGCGGUGGCCGCCGCCUAUGUGUACCUCCAGUGGGUUGGCAACGGGACCCUGGCCUGCGCGGAGAGUGGGGGCCAUCACCGGCCCAACCACCAUGCUGAGCUGGCGCGCAGCAUGUUCCGGUCCCUGGAGUGGGUGCUUGCCGAGGGAGGGAAGGACGGCGAGGCCCAGGCCCUGGCCCUCCUGGCCCGCCGGCUGCAGGCCUACCUGCCCUCCUUCGACGCCGCCUACACCGCCUCCACCCCCCUCACGCGCAUCAGGGACAUUGCGCACAGGAACGACAUCCCCCACGAGCUCAAGCAGGAGAUCAAGCACACCAUCCAAAACAAGCUGCACCGGAAUGCGGGGCCGGAGGACCUGGUGGCCACUGAGGCCAUGCUGCGGCGAAUCACCCGCCACCCCGGCGAAUACCCCGACGCCUUUGUGGGCGAGUUCCGGAGGUUCCACGCGGAGCUGAGUGAUUUUUUCAGCGCUGGGUCGCUGACGGACAGCCUGGCCGCCCUGAGGCCCAGCCUAGGGGACGACCCCUCCGAUAUACAGAUCGUGGAGCGUUUCCUGGAAGCCAAGCGGAAGCUGGAGGCAGCGGGCAGCAGCGCCGACAUGAACGACGUGGUUGACACGUUGCACACGCUGGGCACGCUGCGCGCGCUGCUCUGUUCCCGCCUCUCCUCAGGCCUGCGCAACGACGUGGGCGACGGCGUGCUCGCCGGGCGUCAGAGGCGAGCCGAGAUCCAGGCGGAGGACUAUGCAUUCGUCCUGCUUUCUCGCUUCAGCAACCUCCUCGAAAGCCAGGGCGGUGCCGAAUCACUCGUCCAAGGAAAGGACGGCGGCUGGGCGCUGCCCCUUGGCUCCCUGGUCCUCGGCCUCCGCCAGGUGGGCCUGGGCGCCGGGUCGGGGCUGGCGCGCGAGUGCGCUGCCCUGGAGCAGGAGCUCGCCACCUGGCAGCGGCUAGGCGGGUUUGGGGAGCGCGACAAUGCCCUCAGGCUCAAGGCUUCCCUGCAGCGCCUGCGCCGGCUGACGCAUGACUUCAGCCAGAUCCUGAUGGACUCGCUGUCGGAGCGCGCGCAGAAGCUGGGGGAUGCGCUGGGGGUGUCGGGCGACAUCAGCUCAGUGUUCACGGAGGCUGAGAUCCGUGCCAGUGUGGUUUUCCAGCUCUCUAAGCUGGCGGCGACGCUGCUCAAGGGCACCGAGCUGGUGGCUGGCGGCUCGCCCUUUGACGUGGUGGUGGGCGGGGAAGCUUCUGGGAAGCUGCAGGAGGUGGAUGCCCUGCAGCCCGGCUGCGCCGGUGUCGAGGCCUGCGUGCUGGUGGUGAGAUCUGCCACCGGGGACGAAGAGGUGGGGGCCCUGGGUCCAAACCUCCGCGGCAUCAUCCUGCGCCACGACAUCCCACACCUCUCCCACCUAGGGGUGCGGGCUCGCCAGGAGCAGGUGCCCUUUGUGCUGGUGGAGGACGACGCUUUCUUUGAGGAAAGCAUCGCGCCGCUGCUGGGCAAACACGUGACACUGAGCUCGGUGUCGGACGCCACCACUCUGACGUCUGGCGCGGCUGACGCGCCCGGUCUUACAGGCAAGGCUUCCAGGGGACGCCCCGAAGCCGGCGCGCCAAGUUGGAAGGGGGAGGCGCCACGCCGCAUCUCCAAGCUCUCCGCCUCGGCAGCCGUUGUUCCCCUGGCUGAGGUGGAGGCAGGAAGCUGCGGCUCCAAGGCCGCUGCCUGCAGCCGGCUCUCGCGCCUGGCCGUCGACUCCAAAGGAAACAGCGGCAGCGAGUUUGCGGCGCCCCCGGGUGUCGUCCUGCCCUUUGGCACGAUGGAACUCGCCCUCGAGGCUGGCGGCCACGCAUCGGCUUUCCGAGACCUCCUCAGCCAGUUGGAUGAUAUGCUGCGGGAGCCCGAGGACGACCCUCGCAAUGCCCGGCUGGCGCGGCUCUGUGAGGAGGUCCAGGGCCUGAUCCUGAACAGCAGCAAGCUGCCAGAUGAGGUCAUCAAGGCACUGCAGGACUCCCUGCCUGCAGACUCACCUGUCAUUGCCCGGUCCUCUGCAAACGUGGAGGACUUGGCAGGCCUCUCAGGUGCCGGCCUCUACGACUCCAUCCCCGGGAUUGACCCGAGCAGUGCCACAUCGCUGCAGCGUGGCAUAGCCCUGGUCUGGGCCUCCCUGUUCAGCAGGAGGGCGGUGCUCAGCCGCGGCGCUGGGGGCAUCCCCUCCCAGGCCGCAGCGAUGGCGGUCCUGCUCCAGCCCCAGCUCUGCCCCGACCUCUCCUUUGUGCUGCACACCGCCCAUCCGGUCACCCGCGACGCCGGGGUCAUGUGGGCCGAGGUGGCCCCGGGCCAGGGCGAGAUCCUGGCCACGGGGUCACGCGGUGCCGCCUGGCGCAUGGAAAUCGGCAAGGCCGGCGACACGCUGCGCAUGCUUUCUUUCGCCAACUUCAGCACCGCGUGGCUGGUGGCGCGGGGCACGGGAAAGGGUGGCGUGGCCACCCUCGCUCCCACCACUGUCGACUACAGCUCGCAGGCCCUGUCAGGCUCCGAGGAGGCCCGGGCGCAGCUCUCCCGGCGGCUGCUGGGCGUGGGCGCCGCCUUGGAGGCGGAGAUGGGCGGUGCACAGGAUGUGGAGGGCUGCAUCGCAGCCGGGCAGCUCUACAUCGUCCAGACCCGGCCCCAGCCAUGA